CUUUUUUUCGGAGCUGGGGACUGAACCCAGGGCCUUGUGCUUGCUAGGCAAGCGCUUUACCACUGAGCUAAAUCCCCAACCCCUCAACAUUUUGUUUGAAUUACUCAUUUGUCUCUCCAAAUACAUUUUGGAUCUGGCUUAAUAUUUCUCAACAUGUAUGCUGUUUCUUUCCUGAUUUCUAAUCUUUUUUGUGUACUUACAAUGUCUUUAGGUAAUUUUGCUAAUAUUUUUUAAGGGCAUCAGGCUUCAGGAAGCAUACCAUUUCAAAUAUCGUAUUUUCUUUUGUGACCUUGUCUUUUAGUUUAUUUUAUUCUGUGUCAGACUUUUAUUCUUCUUUACUUCCUCCGUGUAUACACAUAUGUUACUAUAUAAUAUAAGCCAGAGGAGAGUGUCUGGAAUCCUGCUCUGCCAUGCUCUACCUUAACCUUGGGUGGCUGGCCAGUACCCUUAAACCAAACCUCUUGUCUCAUCCCAGAUUCCCGGCAACAAGGAAGCUAGGAACAUGAAGGGCCACACCGGGCUUUUUUACACAAGUGUUGGGUAUCUGAACUUAGGCUUUAUGCUCUUAACCCACUUAACCAUCCUUCCCAUGUGUCAGACUUUUUGUGUUCAGAUUAACUUACGUGUGCUCAUGCUCUGCAGAGGUACCUAUUUUGAAUAUCCAGAUUAUUUCAUUCUCCUUCAGUAAGCAUUCUAACAUGUUUAGGAGAUUUUUUUAGGCCAAGUCUCAAGUAGCCUUGCUUUUAGGAGAGAGUUAUUUUGAAUUAGAGAUGUGUGCCACCUUGGCAGACACCAUGCAAAAAAAUUGUUUGCUUCACUGAGCGCGUGAGGUUCGGGUCUUCCUUGGUUUCGAAUUGCUAGCUCCUACCUGUAUUAUUGAAUGCUGUUUUUGCCCCCUCUACAUAUGGAAAGAAUAACCACAGCAUCAUCACCUUCUUCCACGAUUUAGCUUACUUUCAGCAUCGUUUCUUAGGCUUCGUUGAACUGUCCUGUACCUGUGCAGUUUGCCUGCCUGUCUUCCUUCCCUCCCUCCCUUCCUCCCUCCUUGAGUAGUGUCCCUCCCUUGCUCCAUUUCACGGUGGAAAAUGGUUCAUGUCAAUAUCUUUUUCAGUUUUGCCCAGGCCAGGGUAUGUACUUGAAAAUAAUUGCCUCUUUUCCAAAUUAAGAGCCUGAAGCCAAUGUUUUUUUUUUGUCCUAGUGAUUUCUCUAGUCUCCAGAGUUAAGGCCCUUGAUUUUGAGGUGUGUUUUGAAGUCUGUCUGGCUCUGUGUAUGCAGUGUUGGUUGAUGCUUUCUUGGCUGACCUUGUGCUGGGGUAAGUUUGAUUAGUCGGGUAUCAUUGUUGUUUGUCAGGCAAUUGAGAGAAUGUUGCCAUCAAUAUAAGCAACGGCGAUGCUCUGUAAGCCAGCAGAAGAGGCCAAAAUGCAGGACUGAAGCAGUGGGUAAUAGCGCAUUCACAUGGGAAAGCAGGAUUCAAGUGGCUGGGCCAGACUUAAGGCAAAGAAUGGUUUGAGAGUGCGCGAAACGAACGCUAAGAGACGCCUAGAAAUGUCAGGUAAAAGGAAGGGCUCUUAGGACGGCAUAUUCCAGACAUGGCUCUACAAAGAAGCAUGUAAACCUAGGAGAAUUGUAAAAAAUAACAAUAACAAAGUUGUGAAUUCAUGUAUUGCCUCACAUUGUCCCAGGAUUUUGGUUUUCUUUCAUUAUAACCCAUACGAGUGUAUGACUAUCAAAAUUAGUAGUUUAAUAGUGGUGGGGCUUAGGAGAAUGGACGCGUACAUGGUAUUUGUUUUGAGCUGUAAACUGUGAUGGCAUGCUGUAGGCUCAGCAUGUGGCACACAGGAAAUCCUUAGUAGACAUUUCUCCUGUGAAAGGUGUCCCUUUUCUGCUACAAAAAAUGGGAGUCUCAUGCCAGUACCUUCUUGUUGGGUGUUUCCCUAUAUUAGGUACCUAUCUAGUGAAUUUCCCUUUCAGUUCGGCCUGUGGUUCAUGAAUAGGUGCUGAUGGCUCCCUAUGGGGAGCUACAAACUUUUCUGCCAGAGUUAAUCGUACAGCGGAUGCUUGAACAUGGAGGGAGCUAGUGGAGGCAGGACCGUGAUAGGGAUGUAAAGUGAAUAAAAAACAUAAGAUAGUAUUCUCAGGUGACUUGGGUGGACAGCAAAGGAAUCAAACCCCUUAAAUAACAAUUUAUUGAUGUAAUACAAUAAAUAAUUUUAUACAUUAAAAAAGAACCCCUUACACAAUUCAAAAAAAUAAUAUAGUAGAUGAGAAGGCCAAAGGCGAAAUGGACUUUUUCAUGAUUUAUUCUACUAGUUAAUGUAAUUGCAGAGUCCUUGUUCAUAAUAAUCUCUCUCUGACUUCAUCUCUCUCUCUCUCCUUCUCUCCUUCCCUCCUUCCUCUGCCUUUCUCAUCCUUUACCUUCCCCUUCCUCCUCCUCUACCAUCAAGCAAAACUGUCCUUUUUGGAACAUGUUGCUUAUCUAUCGAGUGCCUUCACACACCGCUAGGGUACUACUCAGGGCUUUCAGACGCUAGCUUGAAAUGUGUUACCACACUGAGGUAAAAUAAACACUGUCACAUAAAGCCCUUCUGGGAGUGUAGUAAGUUAACCAAAGAAUUAAUUUGCCAUGAUAUAAAUUAGGUAGAUGGCUUCUUGGCUUCUGCCACUUUUGGCUUGUCUAGUAGUUUUAAGCAUCCUUUCUACCUUUGAAUUAAUCUAUGCCCCCCCCCCACUUUACUGGAAAAUGUGUGCCCCCAGCCUCUCUUACUGGGAUACAGGGUUGGGACCUAAUUUUGACAGGUACAUUACAUAAUAAAGACGCGGACACAUUGUGAGCAUUGUCUAAUGGUGAUCAUACUGAAUUAAUAACCUGUAAAUCUUGUCAAUAGAGGGGUUUGCCUUUUAAAAAAUACGGAUUUAAAGAAAAUUUAUGUGUAUACGUGUGUGCCCAUGUGAGUUAUAUGUAUAGUGUGCAUGCAGGAGCCAGUGGAGGUCAGCAGAGUAUGUCAGAUCUCUUGGAAGUGGAAUUCUAGGCCAUUGUGAACUGUCAUGUCUGUCCUGGGAACCCUACCCAGGUGCUUUGCAGGAGCAGUAAGUGCUCUCCUAAUCACUGGGCCAUCAUCUCACCAGGGCCCGGUUUUGAAGGAGUGGCACUGGCGGGGCUUGGGGAAUUUGGUCUUUAGUGUUAAUAAACAAUGGUGGUAACAAAGUAGGAGUAUGUGAUUUAUUACAGUUUUUGUGGUUUAUCUUCCUUUUCUUGAAUUAUCUAGCAUUUGUGGUUAGAUGUCUUAUGAUCAAUUCGGGGAUAAUUUUAGCCAUUUUUCUUCAGGUUGUUUAGUGCUAUUCUCUUUUCUUUCCAUGAUCCUAAUUAUAUUGUAUCAGGACUUUUGAUGCUGCCCUAUAGAUCUUUCCUAUCAGGCUCCCCCACUCCCACAUACACAGUGUUAUUCACCCACUUUCAAGGUCACUAAUUGCUUUCCUUAGCUGAAUUAUGUCUGCUGGGAAACCCGUUGAAGUGGCCAUCUCUCUUAAAUGGUAACAUUCCAUUGGUGGCAGUUUUAUUUCAUUCAAGUUUACAGUUUCCAUUUCUUUGCUGGAAUUACUCAUCUGAUUUUUCAUGCUGUUCUUUUUCGAGGUCAGAGCCACCAACAGACUGCUUAAAGGUAUCUAAACUAUUUUAGUAUCCUUUUGUGUCUGACUCUUUUUGGUGUUUGUUUGUUUGUUUUUUGAGCAUUUGUCUCUUUGUGUUCUCUUUUGCCUUGUGGUUUAAUUUUCUUAUAAUUGUUGCAAGCCUGACUUACUGUGUACAGUGCUAGAGAUGGAGGUACACAACUUUUAUGUUUGGCAUGGGUAUUCCAUCCGGUAGGCUUUUCAUGUUGGGAUUUGAGUUAAUCCAGUUAAGGGUUGAGUUGUUUCUCCACCCUCUCCCCCAAUCAUUGAGGUUUAUAUCAGAGUACCUAAGGCUUCAAAUUCUUCUAGUGAUUCUUUGCAUUAGUGUGGGAGUUAGUAUCUGUUCCAUUCAAAAUUUUGAAUCUCCCCUUUGAUUUAUGCCUUGGAAAGUUUCUUUUUCAUAGGCUCUCCUUCUUUCCUUCCUUCCUUCCUUCCUUCCUUCCUUCCUUCCUUCCUUCCUUCCUUUCUUUCUUUCUUUUUUCUGUUGAGUUUUGCUUUACUGUUCCUAGAAGUUCUUUAGCUUGUUGAAAUAUGAUCCCUGUUUUUCUGAUUAAACCUUGGAUUUAGGUUGAAAGUCCCAGGGUCGUGCCCUUCUGACUGUUCUAUUGGCCUCUUUGUGGAAUACUGUCCCCCUCUCAGAAGAAAGAUACAGCAUCCCCUUCCAUGGAGCUUUAACCCAGAUCUUAAGGAUAGAAGUGGAUAGAGGGACUCAUUUAAUACUUCACAGUUGAACAAAUGUAUGAACGUUCCUUGCCAACCAUUGAGAAUUUCUUCGUUGGGACAUUUUUUUCCUGCAUACUGAAUAACUGGUUUAGAAGUCCCUUUUUUGGUGCCAUGUUCUGUGGCUUGAAUCAAAAGAGGAGUUUGUCUUCAUGAAGAUUCCUAACAUUGGUAAUGUGAUGAAUAAAUUUGAGAUCCUUGGGGUUGUUGGUGAAGGAGCCUAUGGAGUUGUACUUAAAUGCAGACACAAGGAAACACAUGAAAUUGUGGCAAUCAAGAAAUUCAAGGACAGUGAAGAAAAUGAAGAAGUCAAGGAGACGACUUUACGAGAGCUUAAAAUGCUUCGCACUCUCAAGCAGGAAAACAUUGUGGAGCUGAAGGAAGCUUUUCGUCGGAGAGGAAAACUAUACCUGGUGUUUGAAUAUGUUGAGAAAAAUAUGCUUGAAUUGCUGGAAGAGAUGCCAAACGGAGUUCCACCUGAAAAGGUUAAAAGCUAUAUCUACCAACUAAUCAAAGCCAUCCACUGGUGCCACAAGAACGACAUUGUCCACAGAGAUAUAAAGCCUGAAAAUCUCUUAAUCAGCCACAAUGAUGUCCUGAAACUGUGUGACUUUGGUUUUGCUCGGAAUCUCUCAGAAGGAAACAAUGCUAAUUACACAGAAUACGUGGCUACUCGGUGGUACCGAUCUCCAGAACUGCUACUUGGAGCCCCCUAUGGAAAGUCAGUGGACAUGUGGUCAGUGGGCUGUAUUCUUGGAGAGCUCAGUGAUGGACAGCCCUUAUUUCCUGGGGAAAGUGAAAUUGACCAACUCUUUACUAUUCAGAAGGUGCUAGGACCACUUCCGUCUGAGCAGAUGAAGCUCUUCUACAGUAAUCCUCGUUUCCAUGGGCUCCGGUUUCCAGCUGUUAACCAUCCUCAGUCAUUAGAGAGACGAUACCUUGGAAUUUUAAAUAGUGUUUUACUUGACCUAAUGAAGAAUUUACUGAAGUUGGACCCAGCUGACAGAUACUUGACGGAGCAGUGUUUGAAUCACCCUACAUUUCAAACUCAGAGACUUUUGGACCGGUCUCCUUCAAGGUCAACAAAAAGGAAGCCUUACCAUGUGGAAAGCAGCACACUGUCUAAUAGAAGCCAAUCCACCAAGGGUGGUGCUUUACAGACUCAUCACAGAUCCAACAGCAAGGACAUUCAGAACUUAAGUGUGGGUCUGCCCAGAGCUGAGGAAGGCCUGCCUGCAAAUGAAAGCUUCCUAAAUGGAAACCUUGCUGGAGCAACUCUCAGUCCAAUGCACACCAAAACGUACCAAGCAAGUACCCAGCCUGGGUCUUCCAGCAAAGAUCUCACAAACAACAAUAUACCGCACCUUCUCAGUCCAAAAGAAGCCAAGUCCAAAACAGAGUUUGACUUCAAUAUUGACCCAAAGCCUUCAGAAGGUCCAGGCACAAAGUACCUCAAGUCCAGCACCAGAUCUCAACAGAACAGACACUCAUUCAUGGAAAGUUCCCAGAGCAAAGCUGGGACACUGCAGCCUAGUGAGAAGCAGAGUCGGCACAGCUAUAUUGACACCAUCCCCCAGUCUUCCAGGAGUCCAUCCUACAGGACAAAGGCCAAAAGCCAUGGGGCUUUGAGUGACUCCAAGUCUGUGAGCAACCUUUCAGAAGCCAGAGCCCAAAUCACAGAGACUAAUACCAGUAGAUAUUUCCCAUCCAGUUGUUUGGACUUGAACUCUCCCACCAGCCCAACACCCACCAGGCACACUGAUACGAGAACUUUGCUCAGCCCUUCCGGGAGAAAUAAUCGAAAUGAGGGCACUCUGGACUCCCGGCGAACCACCACCAGACACUCAAAAACCAUGGAAGAGUUGAAGCUGCCUGAACACAUGGAUAGCAGCCAUUCACAUUCGCUGUCUGCACCUCAUGAAUCAUUUUCUUAUGGGCUAGGCUAUACCAGCCCCUUCUCCUCUCAACAACGUCCUCACAGGCAUUCCAUGUAUGUGACCCGGGACAAAGUGAGAGCUAAAGGCAUUGACGGAAGCUUGAGCAUAGGGCAAGGGAUGGCAGCCAGAGCCAACAGCUUGCAGCUGUUAUCACCCCAGCCUGGAGAACAGCUUCCUCCAGAAAUGACUGUGGCAAGACCUUCUGUAAAAGAGUCCUCCCGAGAAGGCACCUCUUCGUUCCACACCCGUCAGAAAUCUGAGGGUGGAGUAUACCAUGACCCACACUCUGACGACGGCACGGCUCCCAAAGAAAAUCGGCAUCUGUACAAUGAUCCUGUCCCAAGGAGAGUUGGUAGCUUUUAUAGAGUGCCAUCUCCACGACCAGACAAUUCUUUCCAUGAAAAUAAUGUGUCCACUCGAGUUUCUUCUCUGCCAUCGGAUAGUAGUUCUGGCACAAAUCAUUCAAAAAGACAACCAGGAUUUGAUCCGUGGAAAAGUCCUGAAAACAUUAGUCAUUCCGAUCAACUCAAAGAAAAGGAGAAGCAAGGCUUUUUCAGGUCAAUGAAAAAGAAAAAGAAGAAAACUCAAACAACAGACUCCACCAACGGGGAGAAUCCAAGCAUCAAGAAAUCCCUCUUCCCUCUUUUUAAUUCAAAGAACCAUUUAAAGCAUAGUUCUUCUUUGAAAAAGCUUCCUGUAGUCACUCCACCCAUGGUGCCCAACACUGAUGGUCCUGAUUUAUUGACCUUACAGAAAGCCAUUCAUUCUUCUAGCACUGCAAGCAGCAGACCAAAGGAGUGGCGACCUGAAAAGCUUUCAGAUCUACAGACCCAGAGCCAACCACUAAAAUCCCUUCGCAAGCUGCUGCAUCUUUCUUCGUCAACCAAUCACCCGGCUUCUUCAGAUCCUCGGUUCCAGCCGUUAACAGCUCAACAAGCCAAAAAUUCCUUCUCAGAAAUUCGGAUUCACCCUCUGAGUCAGGCCUCUGGUGGGAGCAGCAACAUCCGGCAGGAGCCUACACCAAAAGGCAGACCAGCCCUUCAGCUGCCAGGUCAGAUGGAUCCUGGUUGGCACGUGUCCUCUGUGACCAGGAGUGCCACAGAGGGGCCUUCCUAUUCUGAACAGCUAGGUGCCAAGAGUGGGCCAAACGGGCACCCUUAUAACAGAACAAAUCGCUCACGAAUGCCAAAUCUGAAUGAUUUAAAAGAAACAGCCUUGUAAUUUAUGCUGGGAUGGAGUGUGUGUGGGGGGUGGGGUGGGGGUGGGGAGACAAACCAGUUGGGAGGGGAGGGUCCAGGGUGGGCUGGGAAAUGGGUUAGACCAGGGUAAUAAGCCAGUAUUUUCAGCUUUAUGAAGGUGUGUGCAAUAUUGUGUGUGAGGGGGGCCAUCUGGCCCCUCACAACCACAAAUGCUAGUCAGGGAUCUUAAGAGCCACGGGAGUUCCUUAGGGAUCACCACUCCCCACAGGUCUUGUGUGAGAAUGGAUAGAGUGUGCCAUUGAGGAAGAAGAAAUUCUUGCCAGUUUCUCCCCAUUACAUUCCAGCUUUAGUGCAAUCUCUGUUGAACUUGGGGAAGCCAGGGUGUGUCCUGGGUGCAAGGGAUAGAAAAAUUCAUGUUGACCGAUGCCCUUACCACAUAUUUUUUUCUGACUAGACUAAAUGUGGGGUUUAUUGUAAUCUAGGAGUAUCCCUUUGAAGGGUUAGCAGAUGACUGUAUGUCUUAAAUUGUUUUCUAAGCUUCCAUAUUUGAUAGGAUUUGUAACAUUUAUUUAUAAUUAAUAUUGUACUGUUAUAAUCAUACCUUUUAUGUUAUAAUGUAAAGUUAUUUUGAGCUGUUUGGAACAUUGUGAAGCAGUGGGACAGCUACAAUAGUUUCUAUAAAAACUAAACAGUAACAUUUAUAUAUUGCAUCAGGAGUAUUUUAUUCUAUAUAUAAAUAUAUAUAUGGUAAAUAACUGUCUGUUUUAUAAAUAUAUUCAUUUAAAGAAAGUAUCGUUAUGACACUAUCUGCCAUAUUUUUAUACAUUUGUGAUAUGAAGUGAGUAUUAUACUUAUAAUAAAGGGAGUUGAAUUGUGGCUACAUGUGAUUGUAACAGUAUAAAACUUUGCUCAACUUUUUGGCCCCAGCAGUAGCCUCUAGACAUGAUCCUUGGUAGCAGACAAAUACAGCAUCUCUUUCAAGGCCCACAGGUGAAGAAGGUUGGAUAAGCUAGUAAGGAGCCCAACAGGCCUCAUUUCUGUCCUCAGACACUUGGCUCUCAUUUGUGUCCAGGGACAUUAACUGGUACACGAGAGAAGGACAGACAGACGUGGUGUGCAUGGGUCUUUACCGAGAAUGUGCUCUUCCACUCAGCAUUAGUGUUAGAGUGUAGACCAAAGAUUGCCAGUGAACAUUCCUUGUUGUGAGGUUGUAAGAGGCACCUGUCUGCGGAUCUUGCAAACCAGCUCUAUGCUCCUGAAUGCUGUCCGCCCUCCCGGAGACUCUUGCCUCCAGGUGGGAUCUGAGCUAUGUGUAUGGCAUUUCUUCUUCUAACUGCUUUGUUGUUGUUCUUGUUGUUGUUGCUCUUCUAAUAUAUUUAUAAGGCUCCUGAAGCAAUUCCAUAUGUAAAGAAAACUGCUAUGUCCUUUUUUCCUUCCCGGGACUGUCCAUUUAUAACAAGGUCAUCGUGUACACCUGUAUAUACAUACACUCACUCCAUCCAUCAGAACAGGACUACAUAUUUCUCUCAUUUGAUCACUCUCAACUCCCGAGUUACUAUCAAGGAUCACCAAGGCCUCUGGCCAGCAAGCAUUAUUCCCACCUGUCUAUGGACCAUCUUUGACAAAAAAAAAACAAAAACAAAAAAACAAAAACAAAAAGAACAACAAAAACAAAAAACAAAAAACUCAAACACCUCAACACCAUCAUCUAUCAAUAGUCAUAGAGUUUUGAAAAGUAGUCUCUUAGCAAUAAGACUUUUAGAGAUCACUCCCAUCCCUCAGAGAGGUAACUUUUCAGUAUUUACUACUUAUUCCAGAAUUCUGAGAGUGUCAGUCCCCAAAUAAAGUCAGCUGUCAUUGAAAUAUGCUGAGUAACUGUUAACCCUUCCCUGAGAUUUUGAGAAUCAUAGCACUGAUGAUUAUGAAGAUUAUAAAGGUCUUAGAUUCUUUGCAGCUUAAAUUGUGUGCAUAUUGCAUAUUUAUAUAAAUACUAUUAAUGAUGUGUAUUGAUUAUAUAUAGAGGUCAUUUUAAGGUGCUUUUUAUUUAAUUUUAAUAAGUAUAAUAGGCACUAAAAUGAAACUCAACUGGAUACUAUCAUGGAAACAAUUUGAUUCAUUUUGCAUGCUCUUGAGUUUUUUCCUAUCGUUUCUGUUACCAGUUCAGUACUGUCUGGGUAGCUCUGAAUUCUGGCUUUCCCCAGGCAACUCUUCAGUUACCUAAGUGAGGUAGACCCUCAGCAGUUUUUGCCUGGAUGUAGUGACACUAAAAAGGUGUAUAUUUAACUCUUCUUUUUCUUACUAGAUCUGUACCUUUGUAUCCCCUGCCCCCUGCCCCCUGCAAACCAGAAACUACAUUUUGUUUCCUCUGGAAAGACUUCUCACUGUGCUGUGUGCUUAGGAACUGCGAGGUCCCAUUGCCAUGCUGUGGCAUUCGUGGCUCAUCAUCACCAAGGGGCUGGUUUCCCAUGUUGUCACCUUUGUUAACACUGGGAUCUCAGAUGUUUGCAGAACAUUUAUAUUCCUGAUGGUUCUUUAAAGAAGGGCUAGAACAAUUGCCUUCUACCUAGAGCAAACUAAUCCUAACUAACUGAUGAAGUCAACACUUAACUUUUCCUACAUUCCCAGAUUUGAGCCAGAAAAUAGCUACAAUGUUUUCAACUAGUGUUUCUGAGCUAGCUCUUUUAUCCUCUUCUUAGCUCUUGUCUGUUCUGACUUUUCCUUGAUCCUCAAUAAGCUAUAAGUGAAUCUACAAUCCCAUUUAUUCUCUUACUGCUCCCAGAUGGGGGGCAGUAACAUUUUCUCUCAGAUCUAAUGAGCCCUCUCUUAGCUUUUAACUGUCACUUCCCCUUCUGAUUGGUCAUUCAUUGGCCUCAAAAAGAUGCCAUCCACGGCAGGAAGGAGUUGACUGGAAGUCACAACCCCCCCACACACAUUUUCUUUAGGAGGGGGAAUUGAUGGCAUCCAUGUUCUGUUAUCUGUGCCGACAGACUAGAGGACACAAAGGUUGAAUUGAAGGCUUAUGAAGUACUAUUGCUGAUUACCUUUCAAAAAGAACCUUGGUUUGACAGUGUCUCUAAUUUUUCUUCUCUAGCAUCCUCUUUUUCUUUCCUGAAGUUCUAAGUAAACUUUAACUGAUCUUUGUUCAGUCUUAACUGACGUAUAGGACACUCUCCAGGGCCCAAGACCAGAAGAGAGUGCCCAAUGCCAAGAGGUUCGAGUGAGCUAUCUCUCUGCAGCUGCACUUCUUAGCCAGGGCCAGUGUUGUCCACCGGGCACAUUUGACAAUGUCCGGAGACAUUUGGUUGUCUUGGGCUACUCCCAGCAUCUAGUGAGUAGAGGCCAGGGAUGUUGCUAGACAUCCCCCAGAGUAUUUCCAGCCAUUUCUACUACCAAGGUUAAGAAGUCCUGCUUGAGACCAAUCCAGGCCAACCACUCUGCAGAAUUUGCCUCUGGCCUUGGGCUUUCCAGGCUACAUAAUUGCAAGAGUGAGUCCCUUAACUUAUUUAAGAAUCCUCUACCACUGUUCUCAAAUCUUUGCAACCUAUUGUUCGUUUCCAUUGUCUUGGACCUGCUAAAAGGUGCAUACUUUGGGAGGAAACCAGAGUUACUUUAUAUAUGUUUGAGAACUUAAAUUCUAGAUUAGCAUCCUUAGAAGAUCUUUCUUAGCCAUGAGGCUUAUAUUUAGAAGCAAGCAGCAGCCUGGCAGAUUGGCCUGAUUUUUACCAACUGCUCAAAGGCAUCAUGGCUUUCAGCUGUGUCUACCGAAAGAAAAUGUCUUUGUUUUUUUUUUUUUUUAUUCAAGUCGUUUAAUAGCUCUUUAAAAAAUAUUAGCAUAUGGCAGACUGAUUAGAAGCAAAACUCUUUCUUGGUGGUUGUGACGUGGCUAUUCUAGAAGUAUUGUGCUGUAUGCUUUGGUUAAAUCUGUUUUAAAACAUGCUUUAAGACUCACCAUAUGCAGUUGUAUACUUUAAUUCUAAGCAGACCUAUUCUGGUCAGUCUCUAGUCAUGCCGUGUAUUAUAAAAGUAUGUUGUGGUUGUAGAGUUAGCCAGUUUAGCAUGUUCCUAAUCAGAAAAUUAGUGGACUCCACUAGGAAAUGCUAUCCCAUUUUCCCUUCCCAGUACCUCUUAGUUGAUAUCAUAGUAUCCUCACUUAAACUAGUCUUUAGAGUAAAUAAGGAAAAAAAAGCCAUUUAUUUUCUUCUAGCCAUGUAUUGAGAAUAACUCCUAUGUGUAUAAUUUUUUCAAAGGCCAGAGGAUUACUUUUCCCAUAUGUAGAAGGCUUUGUCCAUUCUGUUCACCUAGGUCUCAGUGGUCAAAGAACUUUUGGCAAGGAUGAUAAGUAGCUCAUUGGAAGUCGCUGCUGGGGCUCGGCUGGGACUCAGCAAAAUUGCCUAUCUCUUGUGCUCAGAACCUGUGUUCUGGAUGACACUACUUUUUCGUUCGGAAGUUCAUUGCCUACUGCAUUAGAGUGGGCUAUUUAACCCCACUAUGUGGGUACAUACAAAGAUCCACAGAUCCCUACUUCUGUGAACAGGGACUAUGAUGUUAGGUUUCACCAACCCAAGGCAGAAAGCAGUGGGAUAUUUAUUUCCUUGCCUCCUUUAGUUCAUCACUGGUAAAAGUUCCUUGAAACUCACUUAUGGCUUAAGAAAUAACAGUUCUGGUUUCUUUAAAAGACAUUGCAGACAAGACAGGACACAAGUCAGUCAUCCCCAGGAGUAGAAUCUUAGGAGAAGGUCCCUACCAAAUUGUAAAAGGCCAGAUUACCAGAAGAUAAAACAGACAAACAAAUCCAGACUUGUAAUUGGUUGUGGUUUCCUCUUUUGCUUCUUGACCACCCAAAUUCUACAAUAACUUAAGGGUCUUGUUCAACUAGAAAGCUCAAUCUUAGAAACCGUGAGUGAGGAGCCAUGCAAGUAAAGAAAAGCCCUUAUCUGUUUGCAUACACCCAAAGGGAAAAGCCAAGUGACUAGGAAACUCUGGGCCUAUUGCCCAUGCAAUUGUUUUUUAAUGCAGUGUACUAUACAAGAAGGUAGACUUUGUGCAAACCCGUUUCUUACAAAAAUCAUUGUUGCCCACAGUGCUUUGUUCAAUUCAUCAUCAUUUGGCCAGGUCCCUACUCCACCUUUUUCCUCUCUGGGCAUGACCCACCUUUCUUUCUGUUUAUUGUAGGCUGUUAAAUAUGAUCUGACCUGCUUUGUACUUUCAUUCAACUGUUUACUCCCGCACUUAAGGGAGGGUUGUCUCUUGUUUUUUGCCAGAAAAAUAAAUAAAUAAAUAAAGUUGUCAUAGUCUGUACGCUGGAUUUGUAGGGCCAGCAGAACUGCUGGAGUGAAACUGGUUUCACUGGUAAGGCCCUUCUUCCUUUCCAAGGGUGAGCUCUCUACACCCCCUUUGAUCCUCGGUCCAACUGGUCCUCCUUGGGAAUCUGAAAUCAGUCUCCGUGUUGUAUGCAGAUUAGAAGUUGCCUUGUUUGCUGCUCUUCCCAGGCAGAGUAUCAGGGAGAAAGAGGCCUUAUCUGUCCCUCCGUGUCCCCUCCUGUUUGGCAGACCCGCUGAGAAUCCCUCAGGACUUCCUUUGGUUGGGGAUGUCCCUUCCCAGAAGGCUGAUGUGAUUCAUUUCAGGCAUAGACAAGCUUGUCCUAGUGCUGUGCUUCAGGUCUAAUCAGAAGAAACCCAGGAAUCAAAAAGGUAGAUGCCUUGACUUUUGUCCCUGUUGGGGGAUUAAAGUGUUUAUUGCCAGAAUCAUCAAAAUCUCUGGUUAAACUCAGUAGAGUUUCAGAGAAAGACUAUGCUUUUCCUUGUGGAGAAUGUAUACUCUCCAUACUGGCUUCCUUUCUCCAAAAGUGGAAAGUAAAGCUCGCAGAAAAUCCAUUUCCCUCGGGAUGAUCAGUGGGUUCUUAGUCACUAGUCUCUCUCCCUCUCCUUGUUUACUCUUUUUGGUCAGUGAUGGAGUUGGCCUGGGGGAGGAGCAGCCUAUGUGGUGACAGAAAGAAAUAGAUUCUCACUGUAAACUUGCAUUGAUGAACAGAGACAAUUAAGCCAAACGAAACAGUUACCCCAGAGUUCUAGCUCCAAGAAUUGCUUUGUGCCACACUGAAUUCAGGUCGUUAUUCUGUAUAUAUUUAUAUCAUUUUCAGAGCGUCUUCAGUCUUUACUAAGUUUGAAGGGUAUGGUUUUCUGGAAAGACACAGGGCAGGGCGACACUGAGAUCCCUGUACCUUCUUAAAGACAAAGAUUGUGAUAAGCCAGAGGGAUAUGCCAUCUGAUGUGCGGUAGAUGGAAAUCAGUGGACAUUCUUAAUUGCAUAGACUUUAUAAUCUACUAUAUAAAGUGUAAUCCAUACUUUUUACUGUGGCAAGGGUGUGAUGUGGUUGUUAAUCUUUUUAAUUUUUGAAUCCAAACUGAAUUUAAAGUGUUGAAUACUUACAAUUCCUCACAAGCUAAUUAUGAACCAUUUGUAAAGUGUUUCUAUAACUCUUUGUAUCAUGUGUUGGUACAUCGUAUCAAGUUUUUUCUGGCAUGUAUCCCAUUCUAAACUUCUGUAAAAUUUCUAUUGUUGCUGUACAUAUUCUACACAUAUCUACUCUGUGGUAACCUUCAUUAACAGCAUGAAGUGGUUAAUUUUUACUGAGCACAAUGUAUUUUUGAAUGGAUCUUCCCACAUGUCUUUAAUAAAAUGCAGAUUUUGCACUGAUGUGACUGCCAGGCUUUCCCCAUUUUGAGCACUGUGGUCCUUCUUGCCUUUGAACAGCGAGCAGCUCCAUUCUAAUUCUUCCUUGGUAAACAAGAAUAUAUGUUCGAAUGCAAAUGACGGGCAAUAGGCCUUUGAAGUUGUAAUCACUUUAAAUGAGUGAAAUUGAUGUAAAACAAAGCAAAUCCUGUUACUUAAUGAUUUUUUUUUUCUAUUUAUAAAGUUCUUUUCCCCUUA